AAUCUAGAUAAAAUGACAAUUUAAAGAUAACAUAGCUAGCGUUAGCUACUUAGCUAGCUAUCUUAUUCUAGCUAGCCAACACUAGCUAACUAGCUAACGCUAACUAGAUGAAGCUAAGUACCCAGUAAGCUUUCUAACUUCUAAACUGAACGGUUUAUCAACCAAACAGCGCCUUGGUGUUUCAAUAUCCACUUAAAUCAUGUUCGUUUCAUUCAGUCUUAAUGAACUCUGGACUUUACAUGUAAACUAACUAAAUGUAUAUAAAAUAGCUGGUUAACGGGAUGGCAGUACCUGCUGUGGUCGUGCUGCAGGGUUUCUGCACGGCUCCACGUAGAGAGAGAAUAAACACUCCCAAAACCCCUCGCUCUCAGAAAAGCAUCUGAAAAGUCCUGCUCAGGUUUAUACAGGACAGAUCUCUGAGUAAAUGCUCCAUGUUAGCCUAGUUCAGCUUCAUGUUCAUCCAUAAUCUCCACAAACAAGAAGCUCUUUUCCUCUAGCUAUAUGCCUGGGAUCUUAAACUAACAAACCUUGUGACGUCACCAGUGCUGCAUGGGCAACAUGGCGGCGCCCUAGCUCAAACGUAACAAACAUAAAUAUAUUAUAAUUUAGUGUGUAAACAUUUUAUAUAAAAAAUCCCCCCCAAAUAAAUUAUAUUUAAUACCUUAGAAAACUUGUACAAACUGAAAUGUUUCAUGUCCCCUUUAAUAUGACUGAUUGUGGUUCGCACGCAUUGUUUGCACUUUAUAAGACCUAAAAAAUAUAUAUUUUUAUGUUAUUCUUAUUUUUAUUUCUUAUAGAAUCAAUGUAAGAGUAACCAGCCUGUUAAGUUUGCGUUAUUUGAUUUUGUCAAAUAAAACAAAAACUAGUUUUCAAGCCAUUUUUCAUUUUUGAAGUUUUAUUUUUAAAUCUCGUCUCGUUCUCGUGAACCCAUUAUCGUGUCUCAUCUUGUGAUAUUAGUGUCUCGUCACACCCCUAAUUAAAAUGUAAUUGCUGGAGCUGUGAUGGUAUGUAGAUGCAUAAAAUAAGUCUCCACUGAUACUGUACUUUGUAUAAAAGAACAUUUAUUAUAAUAAAAUAAUUAAAAAGCACCCGGGUUUCUUUGUGAAAGAGAACGUUAGCCAAUCUUAUCCUGAGCUCUCUGCCUCGUCAUCGACCCACUCAAUCUGUAAAACCCAAGGAUUUAUGUCUUUUGGUCCUUCGUCUGGAAAAAAGUAAUAUUAUCUAAAUAUGGAAAAAGUUAAGAGUCAGGACAUAUAGUAAUUUUAUUUUAUUCACUAAACGUUUUGUUACAUUUCCAGGACAACUAAGAAGAAUUGAUAAUAUUUAAGGUGGAAGUGCUAGAAUGAUUUACUGCUUUAGUAACAUUUAGUUAGAGUUGAUGAAAUUUAUUUGGAGCUGCUGCUCUGAAUCUGCUGCUGUAGAGCUUCUGCUGCUGUUUGGUUCUACAGAUGAAGUUGGGCUUCGACCAGAUGCUAUGAUACGCCACCGUUUACUAAAUUGAUUUAGUAAACAAAUCCAUUGAUGUGGAGCUGCAGUCUUUCUGGGAUCUAGUGAGACCAGAAAAGAAUCAAGACUGUUUGUCUAAACAGUGGGCAGUCUUUAUAAAGGCAGUAAACAGGCGUCAGCCUGAUUAUUGCAAGUGGUAAAAUGUGGGCUACCUCUAGUGGCUGGAGGACCACCAGCACCCCUUUACACUAAGGACUUAGAAGUGGGAAAAAUACUGAAACAUUUAUGAAAUGAAAUUAUUCUCCUGAAAUUCAUCACCAACAACCAGGAUAUUUAACUAAGAGCAAUGUUAAACUGCUGAAAGAGUUGAAGAACAAGCCGUCCUGAAGAGCCUCCAGAACAUGCAGAAACAGUUUGAUACAUUUAACAGACAAAUGAAGCCAAGUCCUGACAUGGAGAAACAUCAGCACUCUGUCAAGAGUUUUACUAAACAGAGUGAUCUCAAAAAACAUCAGCGCAUUCACACAGGAGAGAAACCACAUCACUGCUCAGACUGUGGGAAGAGUUUUACUACACAGAGUACUCUCAAAAAACACCAGCGCAUUCACACAGGAGAGAAACCGCAUCACUGCUCAGACUGUGGGAAGAGUUUUACUAAACAGAGUACUCUCAAAAAUCACCAGCGCAUUCACACAGGAGAGAAACCAUAUUGCUGCUCAGACUGUGGGACGAGAUUUACUGCAAAGAGUAAUCUCAAAGAUCACCAGCGCAUUCACACAGGAGAAAAACCGUAUCACUGCUCAGACUGUGGAAAGAGUUUUAAUAAACAGAAUGCUGUCAAACUGCAUCAGCGCAUUCACACAGGAGAGAAACCGUAUCACUGCUCAGACUGUGGGAAGACUUUUAAUCAUCAGAGUAAUCUCAAAAUACACCAGCGCAUUCACACAGGAGAGAAACCGUAUCACUGCUCAGACUGUGGGAAGAGUUUUACUCUACAGAGUACUCUCCAAAUACACCAGCGCAUUCACACUGGAGAGAAACCGUAUUACUGCUCAGACUGUGGGAAGAGUUUUACUCAACAGAGUACUCUCCAAAUACACCAGCGCAUUCACACUGGAGAGAAACCGUAUCACUGCUCAGACUGUUGGAAGAGUUUUAAUCAACAGAGUAAUCUUCGAAAACACCAGUGCAUUCGCACAGGAGAGAAACGGUAUCACUGCUCAGACUGUGGGAAGAGUUUUAAUCAACAGAGUAAACUAAAAAAACACCAGCGCAUUCACACAGGAGAGAAAACUCCAUCUCAAAUCAGUUAGAAGGCAAUUAAAAGCGCAAAUCGUAAGUCUUUCGGGCAGAACACCUUAUCCUACACAAAUUUUUCACUUUGUCACUUGGGACACGUUCCACCAGAAAAAAAACAUGAACUGAAUUUAAUAAUGGAUUUUACAGGUUCAGCAAAAUGAAUCUCAUCCAGCGAUCAUGUUCCCAUGUUAUGUUUUCUUAUAUGUUCGAUAUUUUCAGGAUAUUCUUUGUGAGACAGAGCUGAGUUUUUAGGGUAGUUACGGUAGGAGUUCAGUUCUGAAGAAUGGAAAAAACGUAGUCUUUAAAAUUUAGAUGUCAUAGUGAGUAGGGUUCUUAGCUGGCAACUAAAUGAUUCGGACCAAACCUUCAGAGCUUAUGAUUUUAAUGCUUUUAAUCCCCUUUCUAGUAUAUGCAGAUUUGAUUAUUUCUAUUAAUUUCUAGUAUCUGUGUUUUUACUCUGUGGAAGCCGUACAAAGUUCCCUGGGCUUAGCAUAGCUUAGCUUAAUACUAUUAACUGCUAGGCCCAUCUGUAUGAAAGAAGAAGUAAAACACCACCUGAGGAACUCCAGAGUGUGCUCUCAAAAGUGAGACCCAGAGCCACAGAGAGACGACACUGGGCUUGGGUACUGCCGUGUGGACCGGAGGAGCAUCCAGACCCCGCAGAGAGGCCAACUAAAUCCUUUCCAGAGGUUAAAUAAAACGCUCCAGCUGUAGUUCUCAUACUGAAAUCAACCCCCUCCAGGCUUGUGUAGCGCAGUAAGGUUGUGGGCUCAUUCAUUCCCUCUGAUGGUGUUCUCAUUUGUCUAUGGUUCAGUCGUUCUGAUUAAAAAUCUGUUGCCAUAGAGGGAUAUUUGGUUGUUGUAUUACUCAAGUUUUAUGCUCUCUUAUCGUUUCCUUAUUGAAUAUUAUAUGUUGCUUAAGGUUUUUUAAUCUCCAAAAUGUACUAAGAAUAUCCAAAUCAUGUAGUUUCUUAAUUGUUUUUAUCCACUACAAACUAUUAUCUUUGUAUUGCUUCACCUCUAUAUUUGCUCAUCUGUGUGUUUUAAUAAACGGCUUUUAGAUUGCAGAUCUGCAGUCUCAUUGAUAUUUUGUUUUCUCAACAUAUGUUUGACAUGAAACCUGAGAUUAUCUUAUGUUAUUAUUUGUUAAAUACUCAAAGGCGCCCAACAGAGAAAUACAAUGUAAAAUGGAUUUGUGUUGAAGUGUAACAUAAUAGUCCAUUUAAGAUUGAAAUUCGGAAAAAGAUGUUUUUUUUUAUUGGUUCAGGCUUAAAAGGGUUAAAUAUACAAUUACUUCCAAAGGUAGAGUAGCAUGUGUUUAACUUGAUUUCAUGUUUAUAAAGUUCUUUAUUGAGUGCU